CAUGCUUAUAUUUCUGUUUGUGUCUCUCCAUCCAGCUUGCCAGUAUGAAGAGUUGGAAGGAAAUGCGUAAGGAGAUCUUGUAUCUAACUGUGAACGCCACAGGAUCUCCAAACCAGAUGUACCAGGCCGUGUCACGUAUCGUCUGCGGACACCCCGAGGGAGGCGGCCUCAAAAUCAAGUCUCUCAACUGGUAUGAAGACAACAACUACAAGGCCCUGUUCGGAAACCAUGGCAACGACAGUGACAGUGACCACCCCUCAUCUUACGACAACACUUCAACUCCCUAUUGUAACAACAUGAUGCGUAGCCUGGAGUCCAGCCCCAUUUCAAGGAUGAUCUGGAGAGCUCUGAAGCCUCUGCUCAUGGGGAAGAUCCUGUACACCCCAGAUACUCCAGCCACACAGAGAAUCAUCCACGAGGUUAAUAAGACCUUCCAGGAACUCGGCCUGCUGAGGGACCUCGGAGGGAUGUGGGAGGAGAUGAGGCCCAAAGUGUGGAAUUUCAUGGAAAAUGGAGAGGAAAUUGAUAUGGUCAGGACGCUGCUCCAGAAUAGCGCCAGUGCCUCAUUCCUUAACAACCAGCUCAGUGGGACUGAGUGGCGUGUGUCAGAUUUGUCCGCCUUCCUGUCGAAAGUCUCAGAAGACAAAAGACCUGCAGGAUCCACCUACACUUGGAGAAACGUCUUCAACGAAACCGACCAGGCCAUUCUGACCAUCUCACGCUUCAUGGAGUGUGUGAACCUGGACAAGUUGGAGCCAGUAGCCAAUGAGGAGCGACUGGUCAACAAGUCCAUGGGUCUUCUGCAUAACCAGAAGUUCUGGGCUGGAAUCGUGUUUCCUGAUAUCGCCCUUAGCAACAGCACUGAACUGCCUCCCAACGUCAACUACAAGAUCCGCAUGGACAUCGAUAAUGUGGAGAGGACCAACAAGAUCAAGGAUAAUUAUUGGGACCCCGGUCCCAGGGCAGACCCCUUCGAGGACCUUCGUUACAUCUGGGGCGGAUUUUCUUACCUGCAGGACGUCAUCGAGCAGGGAAUCAUCCGAGCCAUCACUGGCACAAAAGAGAAGACAGGAAUCUACAUCCAGCAGAUGCCCUACCCCUGCUUUGUUGAUGACAUGUUCCUGAGGGUGAUGAGUCGGUCCAUGCCUCUCUUCAUGACCCUGGCGUGGAUGUACUCUGUGGCCAUCAUCAUCAAGGGCGUCGUAUACGAGAAGGAGGCCCGCCUCAAAGAGACCAUGAGGAUCAUGGGACUGAAUAACGGAACCCUGUGGCUGAGCUGGUUCAUCAGCAGUUUGAUCCCACUUCUGAUCAGCGCCGGCUUGUUGGUGGUGUUAUUGAAGAUGGGCAACCUGCUGCCUUACAGUGACCCAGGCGUAGUGUUUAUUUUCCUGGCAUCCUUCGGCAUUGUUACCAUCAUGCAGUGUUUCCUCAUCAGCACUCUCUUCUCUCGCGCCAACCUGGCAGCCGCCUGCGGUGGCAUCAUCUACUUCACCCUCUACCUGCCCUACGUGCUGUGUGUCGCCUGGCAGGACUAUGUGGGCUUUGGAGCUAAACUCAUUGUGAGUCUGCUCUCUCCUGUGGCGUUCGGUUUUGGCUGUGAGUACUUCGCCCUGUUUGAGGAGCAAGGGGUGGGCAUCCAGUGGUCCAACCUGCUGGCCAGCCCCCUGGAGGACGACAGCUACAACCUGACCACCUCCAUCUCCCUCAUGCUGUUUGACGCUGUGCUCUACGGAAUAAUGACCUGGUACUUUGAAGCUGUGUUCCCUGGUCAGUAUGGGAUCCCCAGGCCGUGGUAUUUCCCUUUCACUAAGUCGUACUGGUGUGGAGAGAAAGAAAACCCCAACAUCUCCACCCCUCUGUCAAAGAAGGGCAACGCUGAAGUUUGUAUUGAGGAGGAACCAAGCCACAUCGAGCCAGGUGUUUACAUCGAGAAUCUGGUGAAGGUGUACAGCCAUGGAAACAAACUGGCUGUAGACGGGCUGUCCCUGAGGUUCUAUAAGGGACAGAUUACCUCCUUCCUCGGACACAAUGGAGCUGGCAAGACCACCAUUAUGUCAAUCCUCACAGGGUUGUUUCCACCCACAUCUGGCACCGCCUAUAUCCACGGGAAGGACAUCCGCAGCGAACUCAGCACCAUCAGGCAGAAUCUGGGCGUCUGUCCGCAGCACAACGUACUUUUCAGCAUGCUGACAGUCGAGGAACACAUCUGGUUCUACGCCCGUCUGAAGGGGCUGUCGGAGGAAAAGGUGAAAGCAGAGGUGGAACAGAUUGUGAACGAUGUCGGACUGCCUCACAAACGAAACGCUCGCACCCACACCCUGUCUGGAGGGAUGCAGAGGAAGCUUUCAGUGGCCCUGGCUUUUGUUGGGGGUUCAAAAGUGGUGAUCCUAGAUGAACCUACUGCUGGAGUCGAUCCCUAUGCACGCAGGGGUAUCUGGGACCUGCUGCUCAAAUACAGACAAGGCCGCACCAUCAUCCUCUCCACCCAUCACAUGGACGAAGCUGACAUCCUGGGUGACCGCAUCGCCAUCAUCUCCCACGGCAAGCUGUGCUGCGUAGGCUCCUCCCUCUUCCUGAAGACCCAGCUGGGCACGGGCUACUACCUGACCCUGGUCAAGAGAGACUACGACCUGACGCUUCAGUCCUGCAGGAACUCUGCCAGCACCGUGUCCUACAUCAAGAAGGCCGAGAAGGAGGACAGCGUAUCAGAAAGCAGUUCAGAUGCUGGUCUGGGCAGUGAACCGGAGAGUGAAACCACCACUAUUGAUGUGUCGCUUAUCUCCAACCUGAUAUUCAAACAUGUCAAAGAGGCUCGCCUGGUUGAGGACCUUGGCCACGAAAUCACCUACGUCUUGCCCUACGAAUCUGCUAAAGACGGAGCCUUUGUCGAGCUUUUCCACGAGCUGGAUGAUAGACUCACCGACCUGGGAAUAUCCAGCUAUGGAAUAUCUGAUACCACCCUGGAAGAGAUUUUCUUGAAAGUUGCUGAGGACAGUGGAGUGGAUGCUGUUGAGCUUUCAGAUGGAGUCGUUCCAACCAGGACUCGACGCCAUCAUGCAUUCGGAGACCACCAGAGCUGCCUGAAGCCCUUCACUGAAGACGACUUUGAUUUCAAUGACUCUGAAGGUAGGCCUUCACUACCCAGGGUUCAAUUCAAUGAAUCCCGUGAGACUGACUGGCUCAGUGGGUCAGAUGGAAAAGGCUCAUACCAGGUUAAAGGCUGGAGUCUGAAGAGACAGCAGUUUGUUGCUCUCCUCUGGAAACGAUUCCUCUACGCUCGGCGCUCCAGGAAAGGCUUCUUUGCUCAGAUUGUUCUCCCGGCCGUGUUUGUGUGUAUCGCCCUGAUAUUCAGUCUGAUUGUCCCUCCGUUUGGAAAGUACCCAAGUCUGUCUCUGGAUUCCAGCAUGUAUGGAGAACAGUUUACCUUCAUCAGUAAUGACAUACCUGACGAUCCUCACAUCAACAAACUACACAGCGCUCUCACAGAACAGCCAGGAUUUGGGACACGUUGCAUGGAUGGACAACCCUCACCGGACAGUCACUGCACUGAAGUUGGGGACGAGUGGUCGGCCCCUCUGGUCUCUCAAAGUGUGAAGGAAAUGUUCGACAAUGGCAACUGGUCUAUGGAGAAUCCCUCCCCCAUGUGUGAGUGCAGUUGUGAAGGACGCAAGAGGAUGCUCCCAGAGUGUCCCGCUGGGGCCGGGGGGCUUCCACCACCAGAGAUGAAGAUCAGUGAGACGGACACUCUUCAGAACUUGACUGGCAGGAACAUCUCAGACUAUCUGGUUAAAACCUACGCUCAGAUCAUUGGCAAGAGCCUAAGGAACAAGAUUUGGGUCAACGAGUUCAGAUACGGUGGGUUCUCGCUGGGCGCCAGGGGUUCUCAGCUUUCAUCUCAUGCAGAUCAGGUUGAUGAAGCAAUCGCUCAGCUGAAGAGACGUUUCCGCCUGGAGAGAGGAACUGCAGCGGAUCGUUUCUUUCACAGUCUCUCCAAUUUUAUGCAAGGGUUGGACACCAAGAACAACGUCAAGAUCUGGUUCAACAACAAGGGUUGGCACAGCAUCGGUUCUUUCCUCAAUGUGAUGAACAAUGGCAUCCUGCGGGCCAAUCUGCCAUCCGGCAAAGACCCCACUAAGUUUGGCAUCACUGCCUCCAAUCACCCGCUCAACCUCACCAAGGAGCAGCUGUCCCAGGUUGCAUUGAUGACGACAUCAGUGGACGUGCUUGUUUCCAUCUGCGUGAUCUUCGCCAUGUCCUUUGUCCCUGCCAGUUUUGUGGUCUUUCUCAUCCAAGAGAGAGUAAACAAAGCCAAGCACAUGCAGUUCAUCAGCGGAGUGCAGCCUCUACUUUACUGGCUGGCCAACUUUGUCUGGGAUAUGUGUAACUACGUCGUCCCAGCCACACUGGUCAUCAUUAUCUUCAUGUGUUUCCAACAAGACUCCUACGUCUCCUCCACCAAUCUGCCCGUGCUGGCGCUGCUGCUGCUGCUCUACGGAUGGUCGAUCACCCCUCUGAUGUACCCGGCCUCGUUCUUCUUUAAGAUCCCCAGCACGGCCUACGUGGUUCUGACCAGCGUGAACAUACUGAUAGGAAUCAAUGGCAGCGUCUCAACAUUUGUACUGGAGCUGUUUGGAAGCAAUGAAAUCGGUGGCAUCAACGACAUCCUGAAGAACGUGUUCCUCAUCUUCCCUCACUUCUGUCUGGGCAGAGGACUGAUCGACAUGGUGAAGAAUCAGGCAAUGGCCGACGCUUUGGAGAGAUUUGGUGAAAACCGGUUCCGCUCCCCUCUGGCCUGGGACAUGGUGGGCAAGAACUUGUUUGCAAUGGCUAUACAGGGAGUGAUCUUCUUCACCAUCACCGUCCUCAUUCAGUACCACUUCUUCUUCAAGGCCAGGUCUUCCACCAGUCAUCUGAAGCCUAUUGGAGAGGAAGACGAGGACGUGGCCAGAGAGCGGCAGAGGAUCCUGAACGGAGGAGGACAUUCAGACAUCCUGGAGAUCAAAGAGCUCACCAAGAUCUACAAGAGGAAACAGAAGCCGGCAGUGGAUCGGCUGUGUGUUGGCAUCCCCCCCGGAGAGUGUUUUGGAUUGCUAGGAGUGAAUGGGGCAGGGAAAACCAGCAUCUUUAAAAUGCUGACAGGAGACUCCACAGUCACCGGGGGAGAGGCCUACCUGGCUGGCAAGAGUGUGACUUCAGAGAUAGACGAGGUGCAUCAGAACAUGGGCUACUGUCCUCAGUUUGAUGCCAUCAACGACCUGCUGACCGGCAGAGAGCACCUCGAGUUUUACGCCAUCCUGAGGGGAGUGCCCGAGAAGGAAGUCUGCGAGGUGGCAGAGUGGGGCAUCCGUAAACUGGGUUUGGUCAAAUAUGUGGACAAGUCGGCAGGCAGCUACAGUGGAGGCAACAUGAGGAAACUGUCUACUGCCAUCGCUCUCAUAGGAGGACCGCCUGUAGUCUUUUUGGAUGAACCAACGACAGGCAUGGAUCCUAAAGCACGGCGCGCUCUGUGGAACGCCAUCCUGAACAUCGUCAAGGAGGGACGAUCUGUAGUCCUGACCUCUCAUAGCAUGGAGGAGUGUGAAGCGCUUUGCACCAGAAUGGCCAUCAUGGUCAACGGCAGGUUCCGCUGUCUGGGCAGUGUGCAGCAUCUCAAAAACAGGUUUGGGGAUGGCUACACCAUCAUCCUGCGGGUGGCGGGCCCAGACCCGGACCUCCGGCCGGUGAUGGAGUUCAUCGAGCGGGAGCUCCCAGGCAGCAAUCUGAAGGAGAAACACAGAAACAUGCUGCAGUACCAGCUGCCCACCUCCCUCACCUCGCUCGCCCGCAUCUUCUCCCUGCUCUCUCAGAACAAGGACACCCUGAGCAUAGAGGACUACUCCGUCUCACAGACAACUUUAGACCAAGUGUUUGUAAAUUUUGCCAAGGACCAAAGUGAUGAGGACCAUUUGAAAGACGGCCUUCUACACAAACGGGACGCUGUGGUAGUGGACAUUUCACAGCUGAACACUUUCCUAAAGGACAACACGACCAAGGAGAGCUGCGUCUGAUUCCACAUACAAUCAGGGAGAGUUGCUACGCUUUCCCCACCCUCCCCCCUCCCAGCAAACAUUGACCACUAACCUGCAGGGGGGAGGAGAACUUGGUUCAUUUUUUAUUUCUAUUUUUUAGUCUUUUUUAAUUGUUAUCAUUUCUCAGUGGACCUGCACUUCGGCGCACAGCCUCUUAACAAAGGCAGAGACUGCAGGUAUUGUGACACUGAAUCAAUGCAAAUCAAUGCAAGAAAUAUAUAUGAAUAUAUUUAAGAAGAUAUUCCUGUGAGGGUCGGAGACCGGUGCUUCUCCUUCACUAGAUGGACAGAAAGAAAGAAACACUUGAAGCGACAGCAGGAUUUAAAUGCUGCGCAGGAAUGAAGGCUUGGAGCCACGCUGGUCCCUCAGUGGACACGGCAUGUGGGAUGAAGGAAGGAAAUAUCUCUAGGUUUUUUAUCUCCGUUCUUAAAAGUAGUUAGCAGUAGUCCGUGGGACUGUGUAUGUGCUGCUCUCUAUCGUGAAUACACGACAGCGUUAAACAAAAAACAACAAAAAAAUGUCCAGAUCAUUCACUGCCAACGGCUAAAAAGACGGAAUGACUAUUUUUAUAUUCAGGGUCAAAGCUCUCUCGUCUCUCUUUAUUACCAAGUGCAGUUGUUUUUAUCUUGAUAACUAUGGUAAAAAAAAAUCACAAUCCAAUUACUUUCAAUCAUAUACAUUUUUGCUAAUUCUGUUAUUGAAAAUAAUGUAAUUCUCAUAGACAAAUGUAACCUUUCUUAGAUAAUAAUUAAGAUUGAUAACCAAGUUGUCUUUUUAAUUUGUUUUAAUUUGUGUCCUUGACAUUGUCCAGAACAGUGCCUAUACUGUACCAUGGUGGAGAGAGAAAUCUGAGCACUCCAUUAAAACAACAACAACAACAACAACAACAACAACAACAACAACAAUGUAUGUAGGCUGCCCAGGAAUGUAUAAGACCGAUACCAACAGGCAUCGAAGCACAAAAAAGGGGCUUUUUGUGAAGAUGAUGAAUGAUGCUUAACUGUUCAAAAACAAAAACAAAAAUAUAUUGUGGUUGCUUGAUGUCUGUACAAGAUUUGCAGUCUGCUACACUGGCUUGUUUUUACUCGCCCUGCUCUCUUCGAAAGAACUGAAUGCUAAACAGUGUCGAUGCAAGAUGACCAUCACAAACUUGCAGUUGUGACUUCAAGAGAAAGUUGAAAGGAAAUGUGAACUGGUUAUGGAAAGUUCCUUGGAAAUAUUAUACUGCAUGCUUUCCACUGGGCCACACACUAGACUAUCAGCACUUCUGUGUGUGUGACGGAGCAUGUUGUGGGAUCAGCUUGUAAAUGGACGGGUAACAACUGAAUUGUGCUUCAUUGUUGUGAGAUUACUGGCACAUAUAGAGUCUAAAUCCAAAAAUAUGUUGUAAAAGAGAAAUAGAAAAGUCUGUAUCAAAAUGUGAUACAUUUCAGACAUGAGCCAGCACCGAUGUGGAUAUUAUGUACAGUAGCAACUUUGUGAUGUAAAGUCAGAAAAAAAUGUUACCAGUGGAGUGAACAAACAGUAUCUGUGCCAAAUGGAGCUGAAUAUAUAUCUUUGAUCAACCAGCAUAACAUGGAGGAUGCGACUAUUUUGUAAAGUUUAAGUUGUGCUUUGAUUUAAGUUCUCUAUCCAUUGUCAGCAGCUCGAUACAGACAGCACAUAUUAUGCCCAAUGCGUGCUCCAUCGUACAACUCUAUCCGUUUUUCUAUCUAUUCGUCAUGUUGCCAAAUGUUAAACUUCCUGUCUGUCCUCAUUAAUAAGCUGCCACACUUACUGUACUGUCAAAAACUAAAAUGUUCAGGCUUGAGGUUGAGCUACUUCAAACAAAUGUUGUUUCCAAUGCUACAUUAAAGAAGCCAGGCUACACAUAAACAGGGACCAUGUGAGUUAGAGUUGUGCUUGUAAUGCUUUAUAGUCCAAAAAAUCGUGUCCAGGGUUUCCAUUAAUGACAGAUUGUCAUUACGGGUCAUCUGUGUCAUAUACAAAUAUUGGAACGUACCAAAAUCCUCAUCAAAAUUUGAGCACUUUAUAGACUUCAUAGCCUGUUUUGUUAAAGAUGUUAAAUUAGGCAUUUUAAAACAAAUCUCUGAACUGGAACACAGGUAUAAUCCAGACGCAACGAUGCUACACCACUGCAUUAGGAACAUUUAGUUUGAAACUUGAAAUCGAGAACGAAGGCUUAUAUGUUAAUGAGAAGAUAAGUGGAACAGCGAAACGCAGAGUAGAGACAAGCAGGACAAAACUACAGUGGUGAUUUUUCUCUUCUCGUGCUCAAUAUUAUUAUUUGUUUACAUUUUUAAGUAUUAAACAGCUGUUUGAGUCUGUUACACAUUGUGUAUAGUUACUCUUUACAUUGUGAAAUAAAAAAUUCAUACAUUUUGAAAAAAA